GCCUGACGAAUUGACCCUCAAUUCACGAUUAUAUACAUUUCGUGCCCUGUCGGCCCAGCUUUUCAGGCUGAGUCAAUAAUGUACCUUUCUCCCGGCCAGGGCUAGCCGUCAUGUGCCACGUUGGGCGGGAAUAGAGCUCAGCCUAUUUACUCCGUAGUUCAUAUCGCCUUUCCCCAGUAGGGUCCUGAACUCAUCGUAAUUUGCCAGCCGGAGGGGAGGGCAUGAAGUAGGUGGCCUGAUGUUGCCGGGCUUUGAAACUGCGGUGCCGUGAGUGGACGAUUCGAAGGAGCGCCCGGUUAGUCAGCGGCCACCAGUUGUGCUCCCAAAUCGUUGAUUGGUCAAUGGAAACCCGGUCCGGCCCGAACAGCUCUUUUCGAUGGUCCGAUCCUCAAGCUGGACGCGAUCGAAGAUAAAAGCUCCUGCAGAAGAGCCAGACAUAUGACGUAGCGUGGGUUUCCCUUCGGCUGUCGUUACCGUGCAAGACACUGCCUGUUUUGGUAAAAGCAAAAUGGGUGAAACAACUUUAAAAAGGGAGGAGGAAAAGAAUGAAGUCGUGGGUCAAACCGAUCCCGAAAUAUCAGCACCCGACCCUGUCGAUUGCCUUUGUCUAUUCUUCUUCUGGCUGCCAGAAUUCGCGGAGGAAGUUCUGGAAUUGACCAAGGGGCCAACAAUAACCAUCGAGACUUUCCUUUUCCCAGUUCCUCUGGGCUGCGAACUGGAAGAAUUCCAGUUAUGUGCACGGAGUACUCCGUAGAACAAACCACAUUGUGUGUUUCUCCUGGCUACUCGGCAUGCAUGUCAAUCAUCAGGCUUAAAGAAUAUCUUUUCGAGCGAAGAAUCCACGAAUCUAAAGAUUUUAUCAUGGCAACAAUCCCCUGUCCUCUUCCACGUGAGCGUUGACACCUGCACAGCUAUUCGCUCUGAGAGAAGCUAUGCGGAGCUGAUCUCCCUGCCGUCAGAGCUUUCCCUAAUUCCCGACUCGACAGCGUCAGAAUCCGAAAUAAAUGUUCAAACUGGAAGUCAGAAUAAUACUCAGGUCACUUGAGGCGGCACAUUAAGAAUCGAGGAGACAAUCCGGAUGAAGGGAGCGGUCAAGUCUUGCGGAAGCUCUGAAUGCCUUUACCAGUUAUCAUAUUUACUGUUCCCCUUUCGUGAUAUUUCAGUUGACUUUAGGUCGUUUGUCUCCCAUGGGCUACCCGGUAGUUAGCAGUGGAUCUUCAUCCAACGGCAGAGAAAGCUAGCGGAAUGACAUCAUUCUCCAAUGCUGCCAAGUUGAGCUCCCGCUCAAAACCCGCAUCGAGAAGCAUUACGCUCGCACCCGAAAUACCCACAAACCAAGAGGAGAUAUGAGAGAACAAAAAGCUAUUUGGAUUAAGUAAUGGAGACUAGCCAAACCGCAUCUGAACGACAAAGGAGCAUAUCAUUAUAAGGGAAAGCCAAGGGCCUCAAAUUACCAAGUUAAGAGGACCCAACACAUGAGAGCUAA